CAAUGUCUUCACCAUUUACUGAUGAACAUGAUGGCAUACUGAAGAGUCUAAUUCAGAAAGAGAAGGAGAGGGUAGAGAGACUAGAGAGUGAUAGAAGAAAGCUGACCUUCAGCCUCAGUGUAAAACAUCAAGAAAGAAAUGGUCAAGAGAAUUUUAUAAUGAGAUCUGUGCAGGAAAAGGGAAGCUUCCUGAAGGAAGUGGGCUUGAGCUGGAUCUUCCAGUAAUGGGGCCCAGAAAGCUCUAGUCUCUGGGACCCAACAGAACUUCCCUGCUUGUCAUGGCUCUUGAAAUUCAAGGAUUCCAGGAUAUUAAUUUUUUUUGACUCAGAGGUCAGGAACUUAAUGCAUUGACCUAUGAUGAUGUGCAUAUCAACUUCACUUGGGAAGAGUUAACUUUGCUGGAACCUUUUCAGAAGAAUCUCUACAAAGAUGUGAUGAUGGAGACCUACAGAAACCUCACUAUUAUAGGAUACAGUUGGGAAAAUCAUAAUAUUGAAGCACAUUUUCAAAAUUCUAGAAGACAUGUAAGGCAUGAAAUAAGUCAAACUGGAGAGAAGAAACCUUUCGUAUAUACUAAAUGUUGUAAAACCAUUGUAUAUGAGAGUCAUCUUCAAAGGCAUGAAAGUGCACCUAUGGGACAGAAACGCUUUCAAUGUAAUCAUUGUGUUAAAGCCUUUGCCAAACACAGUACUCUUCAAAUACAUAAAAGAGCCCAUACUGGAGAGAAAUCCUAUGAAUUAAUCAAUGUUGUAAAGCCUUUGCAUAUCAUCAAACUCUUCAAAUACAUGAAAGAACACAUACUGGACAUGAACCCUAUGAAUAUAAUCAAUGUGGUAAACCCUUUGUACAUCACAAACAUCUUCAAAUAUAUAAAAGAAGUCAUACUGGAGAGAACCCCUAUGAAUGUAAUCAGUGUGGUAAAGCCUUUGCACAAUAUGCUCAUCUUCAAAGUCAUAAAAGAACAAAUACAGGAGAGAAAUCCUAUGCAUGUGAGGAAUGUGGUAAAGCCUUUGCAUGAUUUAGUCAUCGUCAAAGGCAUAAAAGAACACAUACUGGAGAGAAACCCUAUAAUUGUAAUCAGUGUGAUAAAGCCUUUGUACAAUAUGGUCAUCUUCGGUGUUAUAAAAAAACACAUACUGGAGAGAAACCCUAUGAAUGUAAUCAAUGUGGUAAAGCCUUUUCACAACAUGGUCAUUUUCAAGUACAUAAAAGACCACAUACAGAAGAGAAACCCUAUGAAUGUAAUCAAUAUGGUAAAGUCUUUGCACAUCACCAAACUCUUCAAAUGCAUAAAAGGAUAUAUACUGGAGAUAAACUCUGUGAAUGUAGUCAAUGUGGUAAAUUAUAUGCUCAUCAUAGUACUCUUCAAUACAUAAAAGAAGACAUGCUGGAGCAAAAGCCUAUGAUAAUAAUUAACGAGGUAAAGUUUUUCGUCAUCACAGUCAUCUUCAAUUGCAUGGAAGAUCACAUACUAGAGAGAAAUCCCAUGAAUUUAAUCAAUGUUGUGAGGACUUUCUUCAAACAUAGUACUCUUCAAAUGCAUGAAACAACACCUACUCGAGAGAAAUCCUAUGAAUGUAUUCUGUGUG